GUGGAUCCUGCUUCUCGGGCUCCGGCUCCUCUACUCCUUCGGUUCCCUCGCGGGAGAAGCCAGUCAGCCCGCGCAGUUUUGUGCGCCCGUGCCCAAAGCAGCUGCGCCGCGCCCGUCCCACGGGACACUCCGAGGCCAAAGUUGCCGCACGGCUGGGCGGGAGAGCUCCGGCUGCUGCAAGCGGUGCCGGCAAGCGCGCCCCGCAAGUUUGCAAGAAGAGCUAGCGGCAGGCAGUCCCAGCAGCGGCGGCGGCGAUGACUCCGUGGCUCGGUCUCGUGGUACUCCUGGGCAGCUGGGGCCUCGGGGAUUGGGGCGCCGAGGCGUGCACAUGCUCGCCUAGCCACCCCCAGGACGCCUUCUGCAACUCCGACAUCGUGAUCCGGGCCAAGGUGGUGGGGAAGAAGCUGGUGAAGGAAGGACCCUUUGGUACGCUGGUCUACACCGUCAAACAGAUGAAGAUGUACCGAGGCUUUAGCAAGAUGCCCCAAGUGCAGUACAUCUACACAGAAGCUUCUGAAAGUCUCUGCGGCCUGAAGUUAGAGGUCAACAAGUACCAGUACCUACUGACAGGCCGCGUUUAUGAUGGCAAGAUGUAUACAGGGCUGUGCAACUUUGUGGAGAGGUGGGACCAGCUCACUCUCUCCCAGCGCAAGGGGCUGAACUAUCGCUACCACCUGGGCUGCAACUGCAAGAUCAAGUCCUGCUACUACCUGCCCUGCUUCGUGACCUCCAAGAACGAAUGCCUCUGGACCGACAUGCUCUCCAACUUCGGCUACCCCGGCUAUCAGUCCAAACACUACACCUGCAUCCGGCAGAAGGGUGGAUACUGCAGCUGGUACCGAGGCUGGGCCCCCCCAGACAAAAGUAUCAUCAACGCCACCGACCCCUGAGCACCAGGCCCCGCCCCACCUCACAUCCCUCCCUUCCCGCUGAGCUGCCCUCAGACACUAACUCUUCCCGGAUGAUGACAACGAAAUUAGUGCCUGCUUUCUUGCAAAUUUAGCACUUGGAACACUUAAAAGACAAAUCUAUACUGUCGUAUGGGAUCGAUUUUGGAACUCGUCUCCUGGCUCUACCCUAUCUCUUCUUUUAGGUUUCGACCUCACCCACAUCCACCUGGGAAUUCCUGGUACCAUGCCAGCGUAUGCCUCUUCUUCUUGAUAAUAUAAUCUAUAUUUUUUUAGGAAAACAAAAAUCGAAAAACUAUCCCAUUUGGGCAUUGUAAUCCCUACUGCUCUUCCUUCUUUCCCCACCUCACCAUCUCCUGCUGUCUCCUUUUUCUCCCUGCCCCAUGCCCUUCCCCUCUACCCCUGCAGAAAAAGGACACAAAGAAGUUUCUGGAAGGAAGGCACCUGUUUUAGGGUCAGAUAGGGUUGAAGUGUGUGGAAGACUUCACACACCAAUGACAUGCUCCGACAUGUUCCAACCUGUGUCUGUCUGCACCUAAGAGCUCAUGAGUGAAUGAGCAAGGGAGGGCAGGAAGAGACUUUGAGAAAGGGAGAGAGGAUGCAGACACACAGACAUAUACAGAACUGCCCCCUGCCUGGCAAUGCUUGGGUUGACCAGAUGUUUGAGUCUGAAGCAAGAAGUCAGGCCUGAAUGAUAGCACUUUUCCAAUUGAAGACUUAAACAUCUGCCUGAGGUCAGGAGGUAGUGCUCCGGCCUCUUAAAAGGGCUCGAGUGGAAAGCCGGAGAGAAAUGGUUUUGCUCUCCCCACCUCCCACGAGAGUUCCUCCUGGAAAUCUCUUGGGUGACCAUGGCUGGGCAUGUGCCUUCAUGUGAAUUGGAGAAAAACCACACACUAGCCACAGUUAUAGCCCAGUAGUUUUGGGUAGAGAAUACUAUUUCCAAAGUAGUAUUUAGUUCACCUAGGGGAUGUGUUCAUAUACACAUCUUGGCAUAUAUACCCAUAGGGGAAAUAAGCUAAUUUUUUUACAGGACACAGAAUUCUGUUCAAAGCUGUUGAACGCACCAAUAGUUUGAUCUCAUUGUUGCCUGUGGGAAGGAAAUUACAUUCCGAGUUGACUUAAAAAAAAUGAUCACCCAUUUUGCCCCCAUUCCUGGGGUCCUCUGACCUCUGCUUUUCUUCUGCUUCAUAUUUGGGGCUUUCCUUUCUGAGAGUGUGGGCUGGAGGCCUGGGUACAGGAGCGAGAGCUGCAGAGUGGCUCGAUGGCCACCCGCUGCCCUGCCCCAGCCCACUGAGGGGAAGAUGCCACCUCCCGAGGUCUGACCUUAGGAACUUAGACUUGGGGGAGUCACCUGGGAAGGCUGACUCUUGCAAGCAGCUGUAGAGGGCUUUUGUUGUGUUCUUUGAAAUAAAACUAUAAUAUAAAUUCAACUAUGAAACAAGAUUAUUUUAAGUUUUAGUGUUGAAAGUAAGAUGCCAAGCUUAGGUGAUAAUGUGUAUUUUGCAGAGGUGGGGAUGGUAGGAUGGGGGACAUUUAACAUGAUUGCCCUCUGUUUCUCUCUUCAGAUUGCGAUUAUUUAUCCUCUCUUAGCAUUUGUAUCUUCAGUUCAUUCCACUUUAGGAAACAGCUGCCAAUGGAAACAGGAGCAAAUAAAAGUAGACAACAGGUUGUAGUGUUUUGUGUGCGCGCACACACACACACAGACAGACAGACAGACACACACACACACACAUGCCCAGACAGGGUGCUUGGCUAAAACACAUACUGGGAAGACUGGUGCAGGUGUUGGAUUUCCUUGAGAUUGAUUUUUUUUUUCACCCUGUACACUUCCCCUUGUGUGGAUGCCAGUUAGCAGGGUAGAAAUGGGACGCCCAACCCUCGCCGGGGGGGGGGGCGGGGACCAGUGUCAAUUGGUCACUAGACUGGUUUUUUUUUUAAGGGCAAAUCCCUAGACUUUGUGCUUCCACCCUAAAGUCUGACCCAACCCACACAAGUGGACACCAGCAUCUCCCACGUGAGGCACUUGGUUGGGCUCAGUCCUAUAGUCCCCUACUGUGAUCACCCCACUGUCAAGGGACCUGGGUUAAGGCCUAAGCAGGGGGCGCCUGAAGCUCUCAAAUGGAGGACCCACAGCCCCAUCUGCUAGGCUCCCUGGUCAGGGAGAACCUGGGCAAAGAAAGGUCUUUUGCAAAGCGAUUGUGUCAGAGGGCGGUUUUUGAGCUUUCUAUAAGCUAUAGCUUUGUUUAUUUCACCUGUUCACUUACUGUAUAAUUUAAAGUCAUUUAUGUAGCUGAGAAGACACUUCUGUAUUUCAAUCAUAUUGUGAAUGUGUUAUUUUGCUAAAUCUUGUGUCAUGUGUAGGCUGUAAUAUGUGUACAUUGUGUUUAAGAGAAAAAACAAAAAACAAUGAAACCCACAUGCCACCAUUUUCCUGAAUCAAAUUCUACAGUGGACUGGAGAGUAGAACACUUCUACUGGGCAGGCAGCUAGACUGGCAAACCGAUGGGAUGAGAAGGAAGCAGUGACAGAUUCUUGCAGUCCCUGCUUAUCAAAAUGACUCUUGGAAGGAGACAGAAAAAAAUGCAGCAAAUACCUUCGUGUGCUUGCUUCAGGUCAAGUGGCCCUGGAGAGCUUGCUUCACUCCCAACCCCCUAGUUCCCUUUCCCCAGCAAAGUGGAAAGUCAUGAUUUCCCCCCAAAACUCCAGGGCCCACUUCUCUUAAACAAGUUCUUGCUCCUUCUUCUGGACAUCUAUUUUGCCUACCAGCCAAUCAAGGUCAUCCCAGGUCCAAGUUCUUGCCUCUAAGUGAGCACUGCCAUCUGGACAUGAAAGGUAACAGCACUAGGGACUUCUGUCCUUCAUGCUUGCCCAAUUCCAGACCUGCCAUGUGCAGCCACAAGCAUCCUUGUUUAUGCCACAGACCUUGGAGAAUUAACUGGUUUGCAACAGCUGUCUAGGAGCUCAUUUGACCCCCUAUGAGACAAUACCCUUUCCUAUCCCAUCCCUUCCUCUUUGUCUUGUGUAAGACAAUUGACAAUGUGGAUGACCCCAAGAUGGUACCCAUACUCCUGGAUAGCUAAAUAUCUGACCGGAGUUUUGUUUUGUUUUGUUUUUUUUAGAAACAUCAAACAAUCUAAAGGCAAAAGCCAAAACAAAAUAGGGAGGUACUGAGGCAGUAGAUAUUAACAACUUCCACAUUGGCUCUUUAGAGAUAAGAGGAAAAGAACUUAGGAAAUGGUUCCUGCUUUGGGGUAAGGUCAUCCUUGAUUGUUCUAAUCUCCCACCAUUCUUUUUGGCCAGUCUACUGUCCUGAAACCCAGAAGUGAUGGAGAGAAACCAACCAGAGAAAACCCUGUCUGGAAGGAAUGUAUUUGUUGCUAAAUUUUGUAGCGCUGUUUACAGUUUUCCUCCAUGUUAUUUAUGAAUUUUAUAUUCCGUGAAUGUAUAUUGUCUUAUAAUGUUGCAUAAUGUUCACUUUUUAUAGUGUGUCCUUUAUUCUAAACAGUAAAUUGGUUUUAUUUCUAUCACA